CACGGGAUGACGACUGUGGUUGGAUUCUCGGGCGGGUGCGUUCCCCAGUGGACCUUCCCAAAUACACGGAGAUCUGGAGAGUACUAGUGUGACUGCUCUUUUUUCUCUCAUCCGCUUCCAGUUCCUGAAACUUGUCUCGGUUCGGCUGACUUUGCAUUGUUUCUCUCUUUAAACUCGCAUCAUCGUCUUUCUUAAACUUAACAUCAUAGCUAAUCUCUACAACCCGUCGCUCUUUGCCCGACCUAACUUUUACAUCCAUCGCUAGCCAGCUCCGCGGUAUCUUGUCCCUUUCAUCGGAUAUUGGACACACCGCGUCGCCAUGGUUUUCGUCGACAACACAGAGGUUCUCUGUGAGGAAGAGAAGCGUCUUCAGGAAGACCGCGAGAGAACCAAGUACUGGAAGAAAUGGGGUCCCUACGUUGCUGAGAGACAAUGGGCUACCGUGAGAGAGGAUUACUCCGCUGAUGGAGAUGCCUGGAGUCACUUCUCGCAUGACAUGUCACGCAAGAGAGCCUACCGCUGGGGUGAGGAUGGUAUCGCCGGUGUCUCCGACACUCACGGUCUCCAGAACAUUGCCUUUGCAUUCUGGAACGGAAAAGAUGACUUCCUCAAGGAGCGUCUUUUCGGUCUGUCCAACCCUCAAGGUGUUCACGGCGAGAGUGUCAAGGAAUGCCAUUUCCAUCUCGACAACACCCCUACUCACUCGUACAUGAAGUUCCUCUACAAGUACCCUCAAGAGAAGUUCCCCUACGAGCAUCUCAUUGAGGAGAACGCUCGCCGCAACAAGACCGAGCGCGAGUACAACCUGAUCGACACCGACGCUUUCAAGGACAACAAGUACUGGGAUAUCUUCAUCGAGACUGCCAAAGAGACGGAUGACCCGGAUGAGCUUCUGUUCCGUGUGACAGCCUACAACCGUGGCCCUGAGGCUGCUCAAUUGCAUAUCAUCCCUCACGUCUGGUUCCGCAACACCUGGGCCUGGGGUUACGACGACACCAAGCCUGAGAGCAAGCAGGUUAGCGAGUUUGCUUGCGAGACCAACCACAAGAAGCUCGGCAAGCGCUACUUCCAGUGCUCUCCUUCGCCCAACGUUGGUGGUCUCACUGAAGAUAUUCACCCUGAGUUCCUCUUCACCGACAACGACACCAACUUCAAGGCCAUCUGGGGCAAGGAUCAGAAGAACAAGACGGAAUACACCAAGGACGCUUUCCACAGACAUAUUGUCAACAAGGAGAAGGACGCUGUCAACCCUGCCAAGUCCGGAACCAAGAGUGCAGCCUGGUAUGCAUUCGACCAAGGCGAGGGUGUACCACCUGGUGAGUGUGCCGUUGUCCGUUUCCGCAUCUCCAAGAAGAUGGCCGAGGGCUACAUCGAUGAAGAGCUUUUCGACGACAUCAUGGACCAGAGACUUCAAGAAGCCGAUGAGUUCUACUACCGCAUCAGCCCCAUGCCCAUGAACGACGAUCUUCGCAACAUCCAGCGUCAAGCUCUUUCCGGUAUGAUGUGGUGUAAACAAUUCUAUCACUUCGUCUGGGACCAGUGGGCCAACGGUGAUCCUGGCAUGCCCCCACCUCCACCUGGCAGAAAAGCUAUCCGCAAUUCUCAGUGGAAGCACAUGCAUCUUGAUGACAUUUUGUCCAUGCCCGAUUCAUGGGAAUACCCCUUCUUCGCCGCUUGGGACUCAGCCUUCCACUGUAUCCCGCUCACCAUGAUCGAUCCUGAGUUUGCCAAGAAGCAGCUCGACCUCUUCACUCGUGAAUGGUACAUGCACCCCAACGGACAACUGCCCGCUUACGAGUGGAACUUCGGUGAUGUCAACCCUCCCGUCCACGCCUGGGCUACCUUCAGAACCUUCAAGAUGGAGCGCAAGAUGUACGGUCGUGAGGAUCUCGACUUCCUCGAGCGUGUCUUCCAGAAGCUACUCCUCAACUUCACCUGGUGGGUCAACCGCAAGGAUGCUGAGGGCAAGAACGUUUUCGAGGGUGGUUUCCUUGGUCUGGACAACAUUGGUUUGUUCAACCGUUCCGACCCUCUCCCCACUGGUGGUGUUCUGGAGCAAGCCGAUUCCACUGGUUGGAUGGCCUUCUACUGCUUGUGCAUGUUGAACAUCGCUCUCGAGCUCGCCAAGCAUCGUCGCACCUACGAAGACAUUGCUUCCAAGUUCUUCGAGCACUUCGUCCUCAUUUCUGAUGCCAUGCAGUACCGCGCCGGUAGUGAGGCAAAGUCUCUGUGGAACGAUGAGGACGGCUUCUACUACGACGCAAUCUCAUGGGGUGGCCCAUGGACCCAGCAGAUGCCCGUUCGCUCGCUCGUCGGUCUCAUCCCCAUGUACGCCUGUUUGACUCUUGAGCCUCAGGUUAUUAACAAGCUCCCUCAAUUCAAGAAGCGCAUGGAAUGGUUCAUUGAGAACAAGCACGACGUUUUCGAGCGCAACAUUGCCAGUAUGAGACGUCGCGGAAAGGAUGACCGUCUUCUCCUGUCUUUGGUCAACGAGGACAGAUUGAAGAAGAUCCUUGAGCGCAUGUUGGACGAGACCGAGUUCUUGUCAAAGGGUGGUAUCCGUUCGUUGUCAAAGUACCACGAGAAGCACCCCUACUCCAUGGAUGUCAACGGUCAGACUUUCUCGGUCGGCUACGUUCCUGGAGAUUCCGACAGUGGUCUCUUCGGUGGCAACAGCAAUUGGCGUGGUCCCGUCUGGAUUGCUGUCAACUUCUUGCUCGUCGAGUCGCUACUCCGCUUCUACAUGUUCUACGGCAACACACUCAAGGUCGAGUGUCCUAAGGGUUCCGGCGACAUGAUGCACCUUGGGCAUGUGGCAGAGGAGAUUCAGCACCGCCUUCAACAUCUCAUGGCUCGUGGUGACGAUGGAAGACGUGCCAUCAACGAUGGAAACGACAUGCUCGACUUUGAUCCUCACUGGAAGGACUACCUGUGGUUCUACGAAUUCUUUGACGGUGAUAGUGGCAGAGGUCUUGGUGCCAGUCACCAGUGUGGUUGGACCGGUUUGAUGGCCAAGAUGAUCCACGACACUGGUGUCAACUGCCGUCUGCCUCAAACACCCAGAACUCCCACCGCCGCGGCAUCCCACUACUUUGACGACGUCUUCACUCGUCAACGCAGAAACUCCCAGACCAAGAAGCCCAGCACUCUCCGUCGUUCAUCGACCAGCCGUAGCAUUGGUGCUCGCAGCGAUUACUGGAAGUCUGCCCCUCCUAGUGAUGAUGGCGACCAUGAAGGUGAUCACGAAGCUGAAGAGGGCGAUGACACCAAGUCUAACGGACGUGCCUGGACCAUCUACAAGGACGACGGUAACACCGACGCUCGCAAGGAGAAAGAAAGCGCCGAUGACCAUGUUCACAAGUACGUUCAGGAUCAGCUCAAGCGUUUGAUGACACCGAAUGGUCCUGAGCAGUACGAGGACGAGAUUGAGUAAGCGGAUGUGUGUAUUGUGCAUGGCAUUGGCAAACGUGGCGUUUUCAUGGUUGGCUUCGUUCUUUCGGGCAAGGCAUUGACGGCAGUAAAUUCCUGUGGUAUAGAGAAAAAUCCCUAGACACCUGAUUGACAUUAUUAAUCUACAACAUCAUACCCCU